AUGGCUCCCUCUCUACUCUCCAACACAUCCUUCCUCCCCCGUCGUCCAGAUCAACCCAAGAAGAAAAUGAGCAUCACUCAGACUUACUACCUGGCCCACACCGCCCGCAGCAAGCUCUCCAAGGAGGCUGCCCGCUCUGAUCAUGAUCUGCGUCUCCUCGUCGGCCACGCCAACCUCUUGGACUCGCUGAUGCUGGAUCUGGCCAAUGCCGAACGCGAACAAGAACAAUGGUUCAACAACACCGUUCGCAACGCUACCAAAAAGGCUCAACCUUCACACAUUCGAUGGGCUGAUACUAUUGAGGAGGAGUCAAUGGAGGACGAUGUCUCCGACGAUGACUCGGAUAUGAGCGACGAUGAUUACUCGGAUUAUGAUGAGGAGGAAGAAGACGAUGAGGAGAAGUUUGAAGAUCUUACUGCUAUCUACACUGCUGCCGCAGUCGCUAAACCACUCCGCCGCGCUGCUUCCCCUCCUGCCCUCAUCUCAAUGAACGAGGUUGCUUCUGACGAGGAAGAGGAAGAGGAAGAAGCCGCUCGUCUCACAUUAACUCGCUCUCCCUCACGAACACAAUCUCCUCCCGGAUUAACUGAGGAUCUCUCCUCGGACGACGAGGAAGACUCUAUGCCUCCCUCACCCGAACAACUUACCAUGGAUGCCUUUGCUUCUACCUCGGGAAAAAAACAACCCGCAACACAAACCAAUCUGCUCAGCGAGACAGAGUCGCAAUCACUGCACAAUGAUUCCUGCCUAUUGAUUUUGAAAACAAAAGUCUUGCUUCUUUAUGACUAUUGA